AUGGCCAUGGCGACACCCCGGCUGACGGUGGUGCCGCCCGGCAUGGUGGCCGACCGAGUGUCCUUGCUGUCGGCCCGUGCGGCGGCCGGACCACACUCGCCAGGGCGCGACACCCGGCUGGACCGGGCCUUGGUGGCCGACCGGCCGCCAGCAUCGGUGCCCCCGUCGAUGGCGGCCCCGCCGGCGGCCUCCCUGCUGCCAGAGCACCCCAUGGCGGCAAGCCCCCCCCCGGCGGUCGACGUCCUCGCGCGUGGGCCACCCCCCAUGGAGCCGGCGGAGAUGCAGCAGCCGGCGCUUUCAUUGUCGCCCCUGCUUGGGCUGGCCCCGGCUCGGGCGCCCCAUCGCCCGGAUACCCCGGACCGUCUGGCGGUGCAGGGGCGGCCGGUAGGGCCGCCGACAUGUCAGCCGCCCACUCCGGCCGCCCUGCCGCCGUCGCCGCCCGGCGGACGCCGGCCCUGCCACGGCGGGCCCGGGUCGUCGGGGGGGGCGCCGCAAUGGCAAGCAGGCCGGUUGCCAUCGUCGCCACCGAUGUCCCCGUCGCUCGCAGAGCCACCCGCCGGCGGCAAGGCUCAGGCCGGCCCCCGGCAGCCGGCUCCCUCGGCGACGGAGGCUCGCUCCCCGGCGCCGCCGGCCCCCCGGACAUGCCCGGAGUCUGACGCACCCUCGAGAUGUGCCAAGGCAUCGCCCUCGCAGCAGCCCCCGAUGGCGGUCGCGGCGAGCAUCGCGCCAUGGCGGCCCCCGGAGGCGGCCUGCCGGCCGGCACCUGCCUCGCCCUGGCCCCACCAGCGUCCCAUGGUGGCCCCGAGCCCGUGGUCGCCGCCGCUCUCGCCGACGUCCCUCCCCGCUGCCACUCCCCCCCCUGAGGAGGACCUUCCUGCCCCGGCGUGCCAGCCCCCGGCCCCAGUCCUCCCAGUGCCCAAGGGGCUCCUCCUCCUCCUCCCCCCACCGGCGCCGGGGAGGGUGGACCCCUGCCAGGAUGUGAUCCUGCAGCCCGCCGGCCCAUCGGUCAAGACGUGGCGGCCAACCCCCCCCGCCAUCCCGCCCAAUGCUAUGCCGGCUUCGUGCCAGCCUCCAGCGCCCCCGACGGGGCUUCUUCCCUCCGCGCCGGGCUCCCAACGGCCGGCCGGGCAGCCGGCGUCCCCACCCGGCAGCUGGCCAUGCCCAUGGUAUCCCCCGGGUUGGGUGGUCCUCGGCCCGGGCCGCCGUGUGGCCCAGCCAUACUCGCAUGACUGGUCACCGCCAUCUUUGCCGCCGGCCAUCCCCGUGCCUUUGGCCGGCCUCACUGUCCGGGACUCAGCAUGCGCGCCGCCAAGUGCGGAGGAAGUAGAUUAG